AUGCAGUUUCGACCAAAUCAUGUACAUAUUUUUAAUUUAGGAUCCCUAGUAGCAUGGAGAUGGAGAAAUUCUUCUAAAGAGAUCGUAACGUGUGAAGGAGCCGAUGUUGAAUUAUUUUGUAACAUCACGAGCAUUUCUUACUCUCGCGUGAAUUGGAGGAGGAAGAGGGAUUUGUUUCCAGGAAAAUCCUUGCGGUUAUCAAAUGUUCAACGUGAAGAUCACGGUACAUAUUGGUGCGAAGUGAGUAAUGCGGCAGGAGGGAUGCUGAAGAAGGAUAUCACACUCGUAGUUGAAUUUCCACCCAUGAUUACAGUGCCAAAUAAAGAAAUCAAUGGUUCUUACGACGGUGAAUGCUUUCUUCAGUGUACAGUAGAGGCCUAUCCGACUCCGUCGAUAACUUGGUACAAAGAAGAUAUUGCUUUAGAUGUACAGUCGGAUCCAUAUUUCGAUAUCGCGAUGCAAGAAACUGGAAACUGUACCACAAUUUCUAUAUUAAAAGUGAUUAUUGUAUAUAAUGGAACUUUAAUUAAAAGUAAUUUCGGAAAUUAUACCUGUCAAGCACAGAAUAGGCAUGGUACUUCAGCUGCUAGUCUUCGAAUUAUGGUUCCCGAUGAUGUAGUAACAGAUGGACAUUUUGUUCAAAGAAAGUUUAACGUGACAGGAUUCAUUAUCGGGAUGCUUCCUCCAAUAUUCAUAUCUGUAUACAUUAUUAUUAAGUUGGGUUAUCGUUCUCGCUAUGCAGAAGAAAGAGCAGAAGAAGAGGGUAUGCAAGAGGAACCAUUUUUUGUCAGUCACUAACUUUUUAUGUGUUUAUUGCCAAAUUGUUUAGCUGGUUGCGGACCACACUCUAUUCAAAAUUCUGAGGGUCCAAGUGACUGAAGAUAUUAUUAAUACAUAUUAUACAUAUAUAUUAUACACCUGUAUAAUUUUUUUAUUAUGUAGCGUCUUCUCUUUCAUCAAAGAUUCUUAGAAUGAAAAGUAUAUAAAGUAUAUAUACAUAUAUAUAAAUAUAUUUCGUCACUCUUCACACAUUUUUGCUUCCACUAUACAAAGAUAUUUGCAAUUAAUUGACUAAAAUGUUGAUUAUUUUUACCAAGUUUUCUUGGAGCACUCUCCGUCUCUUUCAGCAAAAAUGAUUGAAAACUCUUUUCUUCAGCACGAAAAAUAUUAAAAGCUAUGCCAAAGCACGUCCAUAUGCAGUUUCGACCAAAUCAUGUACAGUAUACAUAUACAUAUAUAUAUAUAUGCCUGUAAAAAAUUAAUAAUUAAAAA